AUGGCUGGCCAUGAUGCGCAUAUGGGCCCCAUACCAUUGGGGCCAAGUGGUGGCACACUGACAUCAGAAAACAAGGAGUUCAUCAAGAAUAGAACCGGAGUUGCUGCAUCGGUUCGGUAUCGGCAGCAAUGGGGACAACGCUGCUUGACUCUAUCAGGACCACCAGGUCAGAUGCAAAUUGCAAUGACAAUGGCAAGGGAAUGCAUCGAAGCCAACGGCACGGAGGGGGGAAGGGUGCAGGAACCCGAGCAGGAGCUUCAAUGGCGACAGCAGCCAAAAGGCAAAGGACACCAACGUCAGACUGCAUCGCAGGCAAGCUCUUCGGCAGGCAUUUCAGCUCAAGACUUUGCAGUCUUCCGGCAGACCUACGAGCAGCAGGUGUUGUACCUCACAGGCCAGAUUCAAUACCUGCAGCAGAAGCUUACAUUGGUGGAGUCAACGGCUUCGAAUGCUUUGCAGGUGGCGGCAGUGGCGCAGCAGCAAGCAAUGGCGAAUGAACAGCAGUUCAAGAGGCAACGCAAAGCGCACAAGAAGCAAAGGCAGUCUGAGGAAAAUAAAUCUCCUCAAUCUUCAGAAGAGGCUACAGAGGAGGUGAAACCAGAGGACUCACCAUCGGUGCCUACGGUUCUACCUCCAGGCAUUCCGCUGGCUGUGAUUAAGUCGGAUAAGAACACGGACGAGGCCAUUGGGUAA